UCUCCACGACGAACCACAGAAGAAGCCUCGUCUCUAGGAUACAGAGGAAAGCGUUCCCGCUGGACUGAUGGGUGUGAGGAAGCUGCCGGUGGAGCAUGUUCACCUCAAGGAUGUCCUGCAGACAGUAUGUGUACUGGAGGCAGUUGUUCUCCGCAGUUUUGGCCCAGAGGGAGGACAGGUGCUGUUCACCCGAGACACAGGACAGGCUAUGUUGAGCCGCAGUGGGACCCGCAUUCUGACAGCACUGAAACUUGAGCAUCCACUCGCUAGGAUGGUGGUCGACUGUGUCUGGAAGCAUAGCACUGUAACAGGCGAUGGAUCCAAGACCUUUAUCCUACUGCUGGCGUCAUUACUACGGAUGAUUCAUACACUCGCCUGCAAGGAGCCUAAUGUGUCACACACUUACAACUCCAGGAAAGCAGCAGAGGCUGCCACUGCCAGGCGCUUGGCUGAUGAACUGCUGGUAUUUGUAUUGGAGGAAGUGAAGGAUCUCAUUGCUAUAGGAGUUGUUCCUUAUGGAUUCUGUGUUUCGUGGGAGGAUUUCGCAAAAGCACAGUCACCAGGUCACACAAACAGUCACUGUGUUCAAAAACUGCUAGUGUCAUUCUUUCACACUCGUCUUGGUCACACCCACUGUGACUUCAUAGGCAACUUCACCUGUGAACUGCUUAAGCACUUUAAAAAUGACCUACCUUCCUCAGCACUUCAGUUUGUAAUUGACAACUUCCCUGCACUGCAUACACCUGUCUCAGGCUUCCCUAUUAGCUGUUCACGUUUGAUUGAGGGGCAGGUCAUUCACAGGGACUUUGCUAUGCCCUGCCCUCAGACUGACCACCAGCCAGUAAAAGCUGUAGUUUUCACCAGGUACCUGCAGCCAAAAUUGCUCAGUGCAGGAGAUGUGCUUGAAGUGGGAUGUGGAGGCCAUGUGAUGGAGGACAAUUCAAGGAAAGAGAAAAGUAUUGUGGAGUUAAGUGCCUGGUCAGAAAGGUCACUAGAAUGUGCUAUUGCAAACCUACAGUGUUUGGGUGUCUCUGUGCUUCUGUCUGCAGUUAAACAGUCUGCUUCUGUCCUGGCCUUAGCUGCACAGGCAGAGAUGUGUGUUGUGGAGUGUAUAAGUGAAGAUGAGCUAUCUCUCUUUGCCCAGCUAAGUGGGACCAAACCUGUCUCCGACUGCUGGAUGAUUGAACCCUUGAAUGUUGCUACUCUGACCUUCUGCCGCCCAAUACUACUGGGAGUCCAUAGAUAUGUCCAUGUGGCUUUCCAUGAUUUAGCGGAAAGGGUCAUGAUCAGUCCCUGUAGUCUGGUCAUUUGUGGCCCAGGGGAAGGGCAAACAGACCAGUAUGCAUGUGCAAUUCAAGAUGCUAUCCGCAUGCUACUUACAACUUGCAAGCCCACGGGUAUGACUCCAACUACAGCUUCAGAAAAGACCUCGCAGUCGUACAAAAGCACAUCUUUAUAUACAGAUGAUCAUUCUGAUAAAACCGCCUACACUUCCUCCAAUGCAACUCCCUUCCAACAGGGUGUGUUGGAGCCAGGCUGUGUUAUACCUGCUGGUGGGACAUUUGAGUUUCUCCUAAGUCAUGCCCUGUUACAACAUGGCCGCAGUCACCCAGUUUCUGGUGGCACAAAUAUGGGUAUCCCUGCUGUUUCCCAGCUCUUGGCAAAUGCCCUACUAAGUGUGCCCCGGCAGAUUUACUUCCACAGUCCACAGCGUUUCCUGCAGAUUCAGGCCAGGAUCCUGAGUUUUAUUCCGACUCAUUCCCACACUUUCAGCCCCCAGUGCAAACAAGAACACAACAUAAGCCUCAGACAGUGUUGUGGUACUAGUGAAUAUACUGUAAAGGAUGAUAAACUAAGCAUGCCUUGUUGUAGAAAGGCUGACUUGUCAUCAAAAGUUUUUAUGUUGGAGUCGGGCCUUGAAUCUGUCUCUUUUAAAUAUCAGCUGCUUCUGGCUGUGCUGCAGUGUGUCACAAGUCUUCUCCGGGUGGACGCUGUGCUGUGUACACACACUGCCUUACACACACAGUCACAUAGACUCCCAAACAUUUCCUGGGAGGGCACAGAGGAUGAGGCUGAGGAGUGAGAUUAUAUUGUAUCCUGUGAUGAAAACCGUAAACAUAUUUCUUCUUAUUAAGGUGUCAUUCAAAAGUUGGGGGAAAUAAUUUGAAAUUUAUUGCAGGUUGCUACAGCAGUAUUCGUUUGUCUCACUGCAAUAUAUUUGUAAUCUAUUUAUUUGUAAUGCAAGUGUUUUGCACUCCUACAGAGGUAGUAAAUUACAUUUCAUGGCAGUACUGUUUUGUAAUCCAGUGUAUAUGCCAAUAAAAUUUUAAGGUUCUGUACCAUUCUGUCUUGAAUCAAGGCUAGGUUUGACAGUAACAGUAAAAAGAAAAAGACUUAGUGUUAAUCUCUGUAUAGUACAGAAUACGCAGUU